CGUGCCGCGGCGCAGCCCCGCUGCCUGGGCCGCGGGCGCCGCUGCCAUGGGGCUGCCCACGCUGGAGUUCAGCGACUCCUACUUGGACAGCCCGGACUUCAGGGAGCGCCUGAAGUGCCACGAGAUCGAGCUGGAGAGGACGAACAAGUUCAUCAAGGAGCUGAUCAAGGACGGCAGCCUGCUCAUCGGCGCCCUGCGCAAUUUAUCCAUGGCAGUGCAAAAAUUCUCACAGUCUUUACAAGAUUUCCAGUUUGAGUGCAUUGGAGAUGCUGAAACUGAUGAUGAAAUAAACAUUGACAUUCUUUUUUUGUUUUGUUUUGUUUUUUUAGCUCAGUCACUGAAAGAGUUUGCCCGGCUCCUGAUUGCUGUUGAAGAGGAGAGGCGGCGUUUGAUCCAGAACGCUAAUGACGUGCUAAUAGCACCACUGGAGAAGUUUCGUAAAGAACAAAUAGGAGCGGCAAAAGAUGGGAAGAAGAAGUUUGACAAGGAGAGUGAGAAAUAUUAUUCCAUCCUAGAGAAGCACUUAAAUUUAUCAGCAAAGAAGAAAGAAUCUCAUUUGCAAGAUGCAGAUACGCAGAUUGACAGAGAACAUCAAAACUUUUAUGAAGCAUCAUUGGAAUAUGUUUUUAAAAUUCAAGAAGUACAGGAGAAAAAGAAGUUUGAAUUUGUUGAACCCCUUUUGGCCUUUCUUCAAGGAUUAUUUACAUUUUACCAUGAAGGAUAUGAACUGGCUCAGGAGUUUGCACCAUACAAGCAGCAGCUGCAGUUCAAUUUACAGAAUACCCGGAAUAAUUUUGAAAGCACUAGGCAGGAAGUGGAGAGACUCAUGCAAAGAAUGAAAGCAGCUAACCAGGAUUACAGACCACCCAGUCAAUGGACAAUGGAAGGCUAUCUCUAUGUGCAGGAAAAACGACCACUUGGAUUUACAUGGGUAAAACAUUACUGCACUUAUGAAAAAGGAACAAAAACAUUUACAAUGUGUAUAACUGAAACAAAAUCUGGUGGAAAACUGAAUGGCCUUGUCACCAGCCCACCAGAAAUAUUUAAACUAAAAUCCUGCAUCAGGAGAAAGACAGAUUCAAUUGACAAACGUUUUUGUUUCGAUAUUGAAGUGUUUGAGAGACCUGGAAUCAUCACACUACAAGCUUUUUCAGAAUCCAACCGAAAACUUUGGCUUGAAGCUAUGGAUGGGAAGGAACCAAUUUACACCCUGCCAGCCAUUAUUAGCAAGAAGGAAGAAAUGUUCUUAAAUGAAGCAGGUUUUAACUUUGUGAGGAAAUGUAUUCAUGCUGUAGAAACAAGAGGUAUUACAGUCCUGGGGCUGUACAGAAUAGGUGGUGUAAACUCCAAAGUGCAAAAGCUGAUGAAUACCAUAUUUUCCCCUAAAUCUCCUCCUGAUAUGGAUAUUGAUAUGGAGCUUUGGGACAAUAAAACAAUAACAAGUGGACUAAAAAACUACCUCAGAUGUCUGUCAGAACCACUGAUGACUUUCAAGCUGCACAAAGAUUUUAUUGUUGCUGUUAAAUCAGAUGAUCAGAACUACAGAGUUGAGGCAGUGCAUGCGCUUGUUCAUAAACUACCGGAGAAGAACAGGGAAAUGCUGGACAUCCUUAUCAAGCACUUAGUCAAGGUAUCAUUGCACAGUCAGCAAAAUCUUAUGACUGUAUCCAACCUUGGUGUUAUCUUUGGACCAACCCUGAUGAGAGCCCAAGAAGAAACCGUGGCUGCUAUGAUGAAUAUUAAGUUUCAGAAUAUCGUCGUUGAAAUUCUGAUAGAGCAUUAUGAAAAGAUAUUUCACACUGCACCAGACCCCAACAUUCCUCUUCCCCAACCUCAGUCCCGUUCAGGUUCAAGAAGGACAAGAGCAAUUUGUCUCUCCACAGGUCCACGUAAACCUAAAGGAAGAUACACACCAUGUCUAGCAGAUCCCGAUAGUGAUUCCUACAGCAGUAGCCCAGACAGCACUCCCAUGGGCAGCAUCGAGUCCCUCUCUUCUCACUCCUCAGAACAGAACAGCACUAGCAAGUGUGCACCUUCACAGCCCAGGGAGAAAUCAGGAGGGAUCCCAUGGAUUGCUUCUCCCUCCUCUUCUAAUGGCCAGAAGAGUUCGGGCCUCUGGACUACAAGUCCAGAGUCCUCAUCCAAGGAGGAUGCAACAAAAACAGAUGUGGAGUCAGACUGCCAAAGCAUAGCUUCUGUCACUGGGCCAGAGAGUGCCUCUCCAUCAACAGAUCUAACCAAAAAGAGUUCUUAUAGUCUGUCUGGGCUGAAAAGGUCUUCAGCUUCUUCCCUCAGAUCAAUUCCAUCAGCUGAAGGUAACAAAAGCUGCAGUGGAUCUAUACAGAGCUUAUCUUCAGUAGAAACCAAAGAUACACCAAAGGCGCCACCAAAUCCCGAUUUGCCACCAAAAAUGUGCAGGAGAUUAAGAUUAGAUACUGCAUCAAGUAAUGGCUAUCAAAGACCAGGAUCUGUAGUGGCUGCAAGAGCCCAGUUGUUUGAAAGUGCUGGUUCACUUAAACAAGUUUCUUCAGGACGGCAAGCAAAAGCCAUGUAUUCCUGUAAGGCUGAGCACAGUCAUGAGCUGUCUUUCCCACAGGGGGCAAUAUUUUCCAAUGUGUAUCCAUCGGUGGAACCAGGCUGGUUAAAAGCAACUUAUGAAGGGAAAACAGGACUAGUCCCUGAGAAUUAUGUUGUCUUCCUCUAGUAACUUAUAGUGGACAGUAAUAUCUUCAUGGUAUCCAUGGUAACAAAUAAUAAGCACUGUGAUUUUUAUCUGACACAGAUAUGGGAUCAGCGUGUUAGCUGAGAGUGGUAGAUUUCCUUCAGAUACUGCAGCCGCUCCCUAUCGCCAGAACAGAAUGUGAUAAAACAGUUAACUGUUACUGUACUGAAGACAGUACUCUGUUUAAAUAACUCCUAUUGUUUGCAAAAGGUUGUUCUGUUCUUCUUUCAUGAGUAAGGAACACUAGAUCAAUAAAAUCAAAAAAUGUUA